CCUAAAACCCUGAGAAAAUCUUAAAAUCCUGUCAAGAAGAUUGUGUCUGCUUUAAUGGACUAAGAAGAAGAAGAAGAAGAAAAGCAAUUUCUUUGCUUGCACUCGCUCAGAGUCAGAACCAUCUCCUAAUUUCAUCAACAAAUUCAAAUGUUCGCUUCUAGGAACCUCCACAGGCAUAGCUUCAAGUCCCUCUCUUCUCUAUUCCAUUCCGCUUCUUCUAAAACUAUAUCAGUUUCAAGAGAUUUUUCUGCGAAGAUUAUUUCAAGCAAUGUGGUUCAACCAAGUAAACCUAGAGAAGAUGGCUUAUUAUUUUCUUCUUCUUCGUCGUCGUCAUCUGCAAUGGUCAAUCCCUUCGAUGUGCGACACCGAUCAAUGUCGACGGCGAGAGGGGGAAGCAUGCGGAGCAAGGUGGAGAAGCGGAUGAAGAAAGAGUCUGGUAAAACCCUCAGAGAGAUUCGGAGAGCCAAAAAGAUUCAGAAGAAGUUGAUGACUGAAAGUGAGAGGCUAAUUUACAACCUCAAAAGAGCUAAGAAGAAAGUAGCAUUGCUCCUACAAAAGCUGAAAAAAUAUGAGCUUCCAGAGCUGCCACAGCCUAGGCAUGAUCCUGAGCUAUUGACGCAGGAGCAGCUUCAGGCAUAUAAGAAGAUUGGGUUCAAAAAUAAGAAUUAUGUUCCUGUUGGAGUUCGUGGAGUUUUCGGAGGGGUUGUGCAAAAUAUGCAUCUACACUGGAAGUUUCAUGAGACCGUGCAAGUUUGUUGUGAUAACUUUCCCAAAGAAAAGAUCAAGGAAAUGGCGACUAUGAUUGCCCGGUUGAGUGGUGGAAUUGUGAUAAACAUACAUAAUGUCAAAACAAUCAUCAUGUUCCGUGGUCGAAAUUAUCGGCAACCAAAGAAUUUGAUACCCAUCAACACGCUCACAAAAAGAAAGGCGUUAUUCAAGGCCAGAUUUGAACAAGCUCUUGAAUCUCAAAAGCUAAACAUAAAGAAGUUUGAGCAACAACUUCGCCGAAGUGGUAUAAAUCCUGAGGAUCCAGUAGCAACUGCCAGCAUUCAGAGAGUAGCGUCCUCAUUCUUUAAUGCAAUUGACAAGAAGGAAGGAACCCCAUAUGUUUUUCGUGAAGAUAAGCUGUCGGCAACAGAGCCUAAUAAUAUUUUUGAGCCGACAGAACCUUCUGAUGAAAAGGAGCAGGAGGAGUUGGACAAGUUUAUAGCUGAGAUAGAAGAUGCUGCAGAACGAGAAUGGGCUGCGGAGGAGGCAGCAGAGAAAGAAGACUUUGGAAGAAUUAGGUAUCUGAACAGAGAAGAGUUUGGUGGGAGAUUCCGAAGAUCUGAAACAUUUAGAGAUGAUGGCUCCGAUGGUGAGAUCAAUAGGUCUAGAAGUUGGAAAGAUACACGGGGUGAACAGAGGACUUAUGAAAGUGAUGAUGAUGACGAAGUUGAUGCUUCUGAGGCUGAUGAUGAAUGGCAAUCUCACAAUGCUAGGGAUGCUGGCAAUUUCGAUAGUGGUAGUGAUGACUCUGAUGAAAAUGAGAAGUUCAAGGCCCCUAGCCGAAACAGGGGAAGGCAGGAAAAUUUCGGCAGGGCCAGAUAUAAUGAUGGGUAUAAAAGAAAUUCUUCCAUGAACUUCAGAAGAAGCAUUGUUGAAGAGGAAUCUGAAACAGAAAAUGUGUUAGGUAAUCUCGAAAACGCAAUGUGGCAAUCAGAUUCUGAGGAGAAGCACAAUCCAAGCGCAUCAAGACCGAUGAAUUAUGAGUACAGGAGUGACAGUGAUGAGGAGGACUCAUAUGACCUAAAGGGAGGGAAGGGUGGAAAAAUUACUCAUGAGUACAGGAGUGACACUGAUGAUUCUGAGGGAGAAUCACAAGCAUCAAGAUUCGGAAAAUACAAUUACCGGAGCAGCGGUGAUGAAGAAGAGAAGUAUCAAGUGAAAAGGGCUGCUAGGAACGAGUCUGAUAUAAGAAGAACAAGAACAACAAAACAGAUGGACGAGGAUUGGGACAGUGAUUGACUUGUUAGAAAUUCCUUUUUGACACAGUUCUUUUUCCUGUCUCAGUCAAAACCACUCGUGGGCUUUUUUGCCUUUGGACAUGGCAUGAUUAUGAAGUGCUUUCAUUUGCCAUUGCAAUUCAUGGGAUAUUCAUUCAGAAAACUAUUUUGUUGAAUAUGUGGUGAAUUUGGGAUGCGGGAUAUAAAAAGUCUAAAAAGAACUGAAAUUUAAACGUUGGUGGGCAUUCACGUGUUUCCUAAUAACUGGACUCGUUUGCAUGGAUGAUAUUGUUGAGAAUAGUAUCCUAAAAGCAUGUAAUAGAAUAUUUAUUAUUUAAU